AUGGGGGGAGUGGACUUGAUGGACAGCUACCUGGGACGCUAUCACAUAAAGAGCCGAAAAUGGUACAUGCGCCUCUUUUACCAUAUUUUAGACCUCGCCGUUAUAAAUUCGUGGGUUCUUUUGAAAAAAAAUUGCACAGCAAAAGGUAUUCCUGAGAAACAGCUUCCAAAUCUUGGAGAGUUUCGUAACAUCUUGGCCGAUGCACUUUGUAACGUGGGAACAUCAAAUGGUGCUAAAAGAGGGCGUCCCUCUAAUGUGGACUUGGAGCGCGAACAUGCCAAGAAUCCAAAGGGUCCGGGUCAUCCAGUCCCCUGCAAGGAUAUACGAAUCGAUGGAGUCGAACACUGGCCUAUCUUUUCAAAAAGAUUACGGUGCAAAAUUCCACAGUGCAAAGGUACUACGCAGUGGGCAUGUUCAAAGUGUAACGUACCUCUGUGUCUGAACGCACGCAAUAAUAACUCGCAUACUAGCAAUAAAAAGUUACUAGUAAUUGCAUAA